AUGCUUCCCGUCGCGCUGCAUCCCCGCUUCCCCUCGCGCUGCAUCCCCGCUUCCCCUCGCGCUGCUUCCCUGCUUCUCGUCGCUGCUUCCCCGCUUCCCCUCGCGCUGCUUCCCUGCUUCCCGUCGCACUGCAUCCCUGCUUCCCCUCGCGCUGCACCCCUGCUUCCCCUCGCGCUGCAUCCCCGCUUCCCCUCGCGCUGCUUCACUGCUUCCCCUCUCGCUGCAUUCCCGCUUCCCGUCGCGCUGCUUCCCUGCUUCUCCUCGCGCUGCAUCCCCGCUUCCCGUCGCGCUGCAUCCCCGCUUCCCCUCGCGCUGCUUCCCUGCUUCCCCUCACGCUGCUUCCCUUCUUCCCCUCGUGCUGCAUCCUCGCCUCCCCUCGCACUCCUUCCCCGCUUCUCCUCGCGCAGCACCCCCACUUCCCCUCGCGCUCCUUCCCCGCUUCCCCUCGCGCUGCAUCCCUGCUUCCCCUCGCGCUGCUUCCCUGCUUCCCCUUGCACUGGUUUUCCACAUUCCCUGCUCACUUCUUCUUUUCCACCUGCUUACCCCUUGUUUCUCCCUUGUUUACCCCUUGUUUCCCCUGAUUACCCCUUAUUUCCCCCUGCUUACCCUUUGUCUCCCUCCCUGCUCUCUCUUCCCUCCCUGCUCUCUUUUCCCUCCCUGCUCUCUCUUCCCUCCCUGCUCUCUCUUCCCUCCCUGCUCUCUCUUCCGUGGUGCAGCUCUUCAGGCAUGAAGCAACCAAGCAGACUAGUUAGAUUUAGGAUAAGUGUGAUGUGGGCCCUUGCUGCAUCAUAA